UUCGUUGGGAGAUUAAACGCGAUUAGCGGCGAAUUGCCCAAACAAACGGAAAGCUUCGAAUGAUUUUAGCACGACGAUUAACUACACAAAUACUACCUUUCGUUGCCAAAAAAGAAAAAGCAAGAACGGAAAAAAGCGUAAAAAAGUUUUUCAUUUGUGAAUCGGGCAUUCGAUUUGGCCUUGCGAAACUUUCCGGCUAACCGAAAUGGCCAAUACGAACGUGAAAAUCGUCGAGUCGAAACUGGAUCUGUUCCAGGCGCCGCAGCACUAUGCCCUGGCCCAUGCCGUCGACUCCUCUUUCUCGGCGGUCCGCGGCUCCCUCGCCUGGCAGUUCGCCCUCAUCUACGGGGACGUGGACGAUCUGCGACGGCGUCGCGUCACCAGCGGCAACUGCGUCGUGCUCGAGCAUAAUGCACGAUUCGUCUACUAUUUGGUGACCAAGGCCAAUGUCUAUGCCGGCAGCAGCUACGACGAUGUCCAAGCGGCGUUGAUAUGCAUGCGAGAGCAUAUGCGGAAUCAUGAAAUCACCAAAGUGGCGAUGCCGCGGAUUUGCUGCGGCGAGAGCGAAGGCCUCCAGUGGAAGCAAGUGAAGCGCAUCAUGCAGCAGAUAUUCGCUCACAGCGAGUAUCCCAUUGAGAUCAUGAUAUGCGAGCAUGACGACAUAACCAGAGAGCUGGCUGCGCCAAAGUGUCAGAUAACCGAGGCGAAGGGCAAUUUGUUUAGCGCACCGGAAAACUUCGCCUUGGUGCACUCGGUGAGCGCGGACUUUGCCAUGUGCGCCGGGAUCAACUUGCAGUUCCGCUGCAAAUUCGGCCAGGUGGACGAGCUGAAGCGACAGCAGCGGCACACGGGCAACGUGGCCGUGCUGGAGCAGGGCGGACGGUACAUCUACAAUCUGGUGACCAAGGAGCGGGCGCACGAGAAGUGCACCUACACGGCGCUCUACUAUGCGCUGCUGGCCAUGCGGGAACACAUGCGUGAGCAUCUGGUCACUAAGCUGGCCAUUCCGCGGCUGGGCUGUGGCAUCGAUCGCCUGGAUUGGCUGCGCGUGCGCAGCCUGCUGGAGCUGGUGUUCAUACGUGAUGGCGUAGACAUCAUUGCCUUCUUCUAUCAGCCGCCCAGCAUGGAGCGCGAUACCAUCAAGGUGAUCUGUCCCACCUGCAGCCACAUGAAGCUCAUGCAGCUGCCGCGCAGCGUCAGCUCCUCGAGAAAUUCGCUGCACAGAGAGAAGACGCCCUUCUGAGUGGCAUUUGGAUAAAUGGGAUUUCUUUGUAUAUAUACACUAUAUAUAAUUCUUAAUUUAUAACAUUCGAAAUGGGUUUGCAUGGGUUGCAAGGCACCAAAUGCACCGUUACUUAUAACUAGUUUUUAGCACAAGAAAAUUACAAUUAUUUUACGAAUAUUUAUAUGCAAUACAUACACAUACAUAUAUAAUAUAUUGACAGCGAAUAAAAAGACAACGCCUGAAGCUGGCUUUAAACGAA